AUGGCGCACGAGAAGGGAUGGAGCGAAUAUUAUUUGAACAACUCCCGUUCGAAUUACAGAAUCGAAGAUGGCGCGGAUUUUGAUGACAAGUCAAAUUAUAAUUUUUACGACAAUCAAACAUUGGAUUUAGAAUAUCCUGAGUCUAAUUUCUCGACGGACGACUAUUGCUCAUCCAACUAUUCACACGUAUACCUGAACGUUACCUGCCAAUUUCCUGUUAACUAUGCGGAGCCUAUGUACGGGUACAUUGCACCGUUCCUACUAGCAACAACAACGGUAGCAAAUACACUCAUAGUAGUAGUAUUAUCGCGUCGGCACAUGAGAACACCAACGAACGUAGUCCUGAUGGCCAUGGCCCUGUGUGACAUGUUCACAAUGCUGUUCCCGGCUCCAUGGUUAUUCUAUAUGUACACAUUUGGAAACCACUACAAGCCACUAAGCCCCGUACAGGCGUGCCAUGCUUGGAAUUAUAUGAACGAUGUAAGUAUGAUUACUUAA